CCCGCCGAGCCGGAGGAGACCUGAGCAGCGGCAGCCAGAGACAUCAAUCCGCACGCGCGGGCUGGCCAGGAGCCGCCGCACCCUCCGGAGGAUGAAUGGCUCGGCGCUCCGCCUGUCAGGCCUGGCAAGGCUGCGAUCAGGUGGGCAGGCCAGGCUGGGCUGGGCUGGGCUGGGGCGGCUCUGGCGGGCGCAGCGGAGCUGGAAGGGAGGAGAUGGCGUCUCAGCCACCGCCUCCCAAGCCCUGGGAGAACCGGCGCCUCGCGGGAACCGCGGCCCCGGCCUUCCAGUGUACUGAUCUUGAACCUCUGAAUUUAUUUAGGUCUGCUGACUUGGGUGCCAGCCUGCUGACCAGGCCUGGACAACCCACACUCACAAGAGUACCUCCGCCUAUUUUGCCACGACCAUCACAGCAGGCAGGGAACAGUAGCCUGAGCAAUUUCAGGCCUGCGUAUAGCAGUUCCUUUUCUCCAGGCUAUGGCACGUACGGAAACUCCUUUUAUGGAAACUAUAGCCCUUACAGUUAUGGAUAUGGUGGUUUGGGCUAUAACCGGUUUCGUACAGACGAUCUGCCUCCCAGCAGAUUUGUUCAGCAGGCUGAAGAGAGCAGCAGAGGUGCAUUUCAGUCCAUUGAAAGUAUCGUGCAUGCAUUUGCCUCAGUCAGUAUGAUGAUGGAUGCUACCUUUUCAGCUGUUUAUAACAGUUUCAGGGCUGUAUUGGAUGUAGCCAAUCACUUCUCACGACUCAAAAUACAUUUCACAAAGGUGUUUUCAGCUUUUGCAUUAGUCAGAACUAUAAGAUACUUCUACAACCGGAUACAGCGGCUGCUGGGUCUGCGGAAGAGCUCUGAGAAUGAGGAUUUGUGGGCUGAAAGUGAAGGAACUGUGGCUCGCAUUGGCCUAGAGGACCGGGCAGCUAACUCAGCAAAAUCCUGGCCCAUUUUCUUGUUCUUUGCUGUUAUUCUUGGGGGUCCCUACCUCAUCUGGAAGCUGCUCUCCACAUACAGUGAUGAAGAAACAGUGUCUAGUAAUUGGGCAAACGGAGAUGAUGAUCAUGUAAUUGGAAGAGCAGAAUAUGACUUCACCACUGUUUCAGAAGAAGAAAUUUCUUUUCAUGCUGGUGACAUGCUAAAAUUAGCACCUAAAGAAAAACAACCCAAAGUACGUGGUUGGCUUUUGGCUAGUCGUGAUGGUCAAACAACAGGACUUGUGCCAGCUAAUUACAUCAAAAUAUUGGGUAAAAGAAGAGGUCGGAAAACAGCGGAGCUGGAAAUUAUUACAGAGCAGCAGUCGGCUUUUACCAACACACCGCCUGUUAGAGGAGCCACUGAUGCAGAUACUUUAGAAGAGCAAGAAGCUGCAUUUGAGUCUGUUUUUGUUGAAAUGAAUAAGGUUCCCGUUACCUCUGACUCCACUGUGAUAGGUGGAGAGAAACAGGAUCUCUGAUACACCCGGAUAAAAUUUAGUGAUUGAACUAUACUUAUCAAUAAUUCUUUUGAUAUUCUUAAAAUUGUAGAAGUACACUGUUAGGACUAUGUCAGGUAUCUCACUGCUGGUGACGGGUGAACAGAUAACACCAUAAUUUACCCAAACUUUAAUAGCAUGCUUGGAUCACUUAAAGUUGUACAUUUAUGGCCCUGCCCAGCAAACUAUUGGCAAUUGUGAGAUCUCAGGCUAGGGGAAGUUCUGUAGAAGCAACUGGGUAAGCCAAUGUGUUGCAUCUCUAGCUGCACAUUUUGGUCAUUUGAAGGAAUAGUGCUGAUGAAUUCUAGAGGUUGCAGCGUCCAGUCCGCCUUCCUGGAGAAAGAAUUGGCUUGAUAUGAGGCCUUUGAGACAGGGUGUUGAAAAGGAAAAUAAGCAUUUCUAGCAGAGGCCUCCAAAAAGUGUAUAUUGAAGAGCCCUGAAAAUACUUUAUUUUUUUGGCUGCUUUUUGGUAAAAUUAGUGCUUCCACUACCACAAAGAAAAAUUAAAGACUUCAGUCCUUUAUUAUAAAAAGGUGACUGUGUUAAGAAACAGGAUUAGCACUGUGAAGGAAGGUACAUUCAACUGGAAUUGUAAGCAGAUAAAUGCUAUUACCAGUAUUUAUUUGUCCUUUAUUCUAAUGUCGUUUUCAAGAAAGUAUAAGUGUUUUGGGUUUUUUUUCUCCACCAUUCUGGGAACUUUUCCUCAUCAGAGUCCUGAGGACCACAUGUUUUGUUCUGGUUUAAACUGCACAUGCUUUAGGCCCUACGUAUUUUCCAGCCAAGCACUGUUAAGGAUGUUCAUUUUUAUCCACAUCUCUCUAGGGCCUAGUGAGCUAAGUUAGCACAGCCACACUCCCAGCCAGGUAUAUAAUAGCAUAUCAAUUUCUAGUAAUUAUGUAUUUUAACAGCUACAUCUAAACUUCCCUUGUUUCAGUGCAAUUUCUUUUUGAACUUUUGUGAGAAAAUUCAUCCUGAUUUUAACACAACAGGAAUGCAUCACAGAGUGGAUAGGAAACAUCUGUGUUGCCAUUAAAUAGAUGCGGUUUUCCCACAAAAUAGGAAACAAGAAAAAAGGCUGCCCAUUUCAUUGUCUCAUCGUGGAAAUGGAUGAGUUAACUGCUAACUUGAUUAUUCCUGCUGCACUAAAGGCAUUAAAUCGGGUAUUUCCCCAUAAAAUCUGAGGUACAUUGAGAACCAUAAUUGCAUAAAGACUAUUAACGCUAUCCAUUUUGCCUUCAAAUCUAUUUACUUUUGUGAGCUCUGUACUGAAGUCAUACUUCUCUGGGAAGCAAAGUUAAGUAAAGAUUCCUCUAUCGGGACUCAUUCGCAUUAAUAUUAGAUUUGAUUAACACAGAAUCAUUUUCAGUUGAGGCUGUAGUUCUUAUGGAAUGCUCUUAUAUACUGUGUUGAACCCUUCAGUGUUAGAACAGAUCAUGUAGUUCUAAUGUACUACAGCAAAGGAAAAAUACUGAUGGCUGUGUAUUAAUAAAUCAUUUCAAUUAAG